UAGGUUUAGACUCCCACCCCCCCAAUCCUAAAGACCCCGAUGGUGCGCACGCGCUCAUUUUUCUUUCAGUCAGGAGGUGGCGCGCUCCUGGUUGCGUUCCCCGUUUCUGUCACUCCGCGAGCUGGAGAGUGGAAGGGGCCGGCAUGUGAAGAGGCUGGAGUUGGGAUUGCGUGGAGCUUUAAGGAACUUGAGGCCUGUCUCCUGUUUUUAGGAAAGAGAUUGCUAGGGGAUGAGUCACACGUGGCUUGGCAGGCAGAGAGGGGGAUGAGUCACGCGUGGUUUGGCAGCCUGAGUUGGGGGGGGAGGUGGGGUGCGGGGGGUGAGUCACACGUGGCUCGGCUCCCUGUGCGGUUAGGCCCACAUUCUGAGGAUGCUGUGAAGGGUUAUCCUUGGGGGAUAUUAACCGAGAGAUUCGCUGAGUUGAGAUUUUAAAAGGUUUCCAUAGAUUUUAAGGUUUUUGCCAAGGACUGGGGAGAGGAGCGAUAGAGUGAAAGUUAAGAGACCUUGAGGAGGCUACGGCUGCAGACUCCUGAAUAAUUGCUGUGGUGUAGGCCUGAGCCAUAGUGUCACCGGCUGCUGCAGGUCCUUGCUUCAUUGAUAAUGCAAGUUAAUACUGAAGCAGGAAUUUGCAAGGAGGGGAAAGAUUUAAUUGGACUGUAAGAAAAGUUAGGGACUUAAUUAAGCUUGAGAAACUGACAAAGUUCUUUUAUGCUGGCCCCAUAAUGAAAAGAGAAGAUAGGCAAAGGCUUCAGUUUAAGAAACUUAUAGUGGCACAGAUUUGAAGAGGUGGCUUAAAUUGGCCUAUAGAAAAACCAAGACAGGUUUUUCUGGAUUGGACUAGAGGCUGGUUGUUCAUGAUCUCAAUGGCCCCUUCUGUGCCAUGGCUCCGGGAGAAGUCCGUUUGCUUGAGGGGGCACUUAAAUUUCCAUUAGAUGAUGAUUAUGAUUUUUUUUUUUUUUUUUUGGUACUGGGGAUCGAACUUGGGACCUUGCGCUUUCGAGGCAGGCAUUGGAACCACUGAGCCAAAUCCUGGCCCUAGAUGAUUAUUUUUGCUUGGAACAGUCUCAAUCUUGUGAGACUACUGGAAGCCAUGGUGACACUCAAUUUAGGGCAAUCGAUUUGGAAACUUGAUGACUUGGAGACUUCUAGGCAUGGUCCAAUGUCCCUGUAAAUCCCUUAUCUUGAAAUUCUGUCUUAAAAGGGGAUGAAAUUAUGUAAAUUGAGGAACAAUCGACUUGUUUUUCCAACAUUUAGACUGACGAUUAACAUUCCUAUAUACAGUGCUGGAAAGGGAUUUGACCCAAAGUUUUAAGAUAACAAAGGGUACAAAAUAAAGGUCAAGCUUUGUUCUGCUUUAUCGGAUAUCUCUGUAGGCCCAAUCAAAGAGUCAGUGAUUGGGGUUUGUUUUGUUUUGUUUUUUUACAAAAACGUUUGUCUUUUUAAGUCCCUGACUGCUUCUGAAGGAAAUACAAACUGUGCUGUCACUGCACUGGGUCCAAGGAGGUCCCGCAAAGCAGAGAUGGGGAACUUCAGCUCACCUCACCCAUGGAACAGGUUGAAGGUUCGAUAACUUCCCUCACAGAAAAAGAAUUUCCAAGAUGUGUCAGUGAGAGGUAUAAAGGCAGAAUUAAACAGGUACCUAUGGGUGCAGAAGUGCUUACUCACCAUGCACAGGGCAGUGUGACCUUUGGGGAUGUGGCUGUGGACUUUUCCUGGGAAGAGUGGAAGCUUCUUGAUGAGACACAGAGACUCCUGUACUUGGAUGUGAUGCUGGAGAACAUUGCCCUUGUGGCCUCAUUAGGUCUUAUAUCUUCCCGAAUUCAUGUGGUUCAACUGGAGGUGGGGGAAAAGACCUGGGUGCCUGACACGGCUGACUUCACUCCAGCCAUCUCGAGGGCGCCUAACUCUGGUUGUUGGUUUCCAAUGGAAGUUGAGGUGGCAUCUUCUCAAGGAAAGUCACAAGUCAGGGCUCUCAAUGCAGAUACUGCCACCCAGAAAGUCUACCCUUGUGGAAUGUGUGGCCCAGUGGUGAAGGACAUUUUGUUUCUGGGUGAGCAUCAGGAAAUACACCCUGGGCAGAAGCUGCACACAUGUGAGGCCUGUGGAAGGCAACUGUGGUUCUUUACAGAUGUCCUUCAGCAUGAUGAAGAUAAAGAUGCUAGGAGGUGUGAAGAGACGGCUAUGUUUGUUAACAGCUCUAGAGCACACACCCCAGUGAGCUCUUUCAUGUGUGUAGAUGAUGAAGAGGAUCUCCUGGGCAGCUCAAGCCAUCUUCAGUACCAGGCCAGGAGUAAUGAAGGAAAUCCACACACAAGCACUAGCUACAGCACAGCCUUUCAAACUAAAGAAAGACUUUAUGAGUGCAGUGAGUGUGGGAAAUUCUUUGGCCACAAAAUCGCACUUGUUUGGCACCAGAGAAUCCACAGAGAAGAAAUGACUGAGAGUGGGAACAUCCUUAGACCAGACCCUGUCCUUAUUGCACAUCAGAGUGUUCACACUGGUGAGAUGCCAUGUGAGUAUGAUGAACAUGGAAAGUUCUUUAGCCAAAGCUCCAGCCUCAUCCUACACCAGUGGGUUCACUCUACUAUAAAGCCUUAUGAAUGCAGUGAAUGUGGAAAAGCCUUCAGAUGCAAAUCCAGGCUUGUUCAGCACCAGAGAAUCCACACUGGAGAAAGGCCUUUUGAGUGUACCAAAUGUGGGAAAUUCUUUAGACAGAGUUCUGUCUUUAUUGAACACCAGAGAGUUCACACUGAGACAAAACCUUAUCAGUGCAAUGAAUGUGGGAAAUUCUUUAGGAGUAAAGUAACACUGGUUCGACACCAUAAACUCCACACAGGUGAAAAGCCUUAUGAGUGCAGUGAAUGUGGGAAAUCAUUUAUUCAGAGCUCUUACCUUACUGCACAUAUGAGAGUCCACACUGGAGAAAAGCCUUAUGCAUGCAGUGAAUGUGGGAAAGCCUUCAGAAUAAAAAACAAACUUGUUCGGCACCAGAGGAUCCACACUGGAGAAAAGCCUUAUGAGUGCAGUGAGUGUGGGAAGUUCUUUAGAAGCAGAGUGAUACUUGUUCGGCACCAGAGAAUCCACACUGGAGAAAAGCCUUAUGAGUGCAGCGAAUGUGGGAAGUUCUUUAGAGAAAGCUCCAGCCUUAUUUCACACCAGAGAGUUCACACUGGUGAAAAGCCGUAUGAGUGCACUGAAUGUGGGAAGUGUUUUAGCCAUAGAUCGAGCCUCAAUUUACACCAGCGAGUUCACACUGGAGCUAAACCUUAUGAAUGCAGUGAAUGUGGGAAAGCCUUCAGCCGGAAAGAUGGGCUUGUUCAGCACCAGAGAAUCCACAGUGAAGAAAGGCCUUAUGAGUGCAGCAUAUGUGGGAAAUUCUUCAAACAAAGCUCUGGACUCUUUGUACACCGGAGAAUUCACAGAGGAACAAGGCCUUAUCAGUGUAAUGAAUGUGGUAAAAACUACAGCAGGAGAUCCCACCUUGUUCAGCACAAGAAAUUUCACAUUGGAUAAAGGCCACCUGAAUCUAACGAAUUGUGAGAAAGCCUAUAGCAGAAGUACUAUCCUAGUUUGUCAUAAAACACAACACUGGAGUAAGGCCUUACGCAUGCAGCCUAUGUGGGAAAGCCUACAGCAGCCAACACAUACUUCUACACUGGAGAGAAGACUUGAGUGUUAUGAAUAUGGCUAAAGCAUUCAUAUACCAGCACCAGAAUAUUCGCAUUAUAGAGAUUGUACAACAGAUGUACAAGAUUCUUUAUAUAAACCUCCAGAUGUGUUCAAUACCAGAGGGUUCACACUAAUGCAAAAUUUUAUGAAUUUAGCAACUCUAGUACAUUCUUUACCCAUAAAAUCAUACUUGUUGAGCACCAGAGAAUGCAUCCUGGGAAAAGACUUAUGAGUACACUGAAUGUGUGAAAUUGUUUUGCUAAAGCUCUAGCCUUAUUGUACUUCAGAGUUCACAUCUGCUAGAUUAGUGAAUUGAAUGUGAAUAAUUUUUUAGCCAAGGCUCCAACUUCACUUUACAAAGAGUUCACAUCAGAGCAAGGCCUUAUGACUACAAGAAAUGUGGGAAAGCAUCUAGCCUUAAUCCAUAUUUCUUUAGAACUGGAGAAUCCAUACUGGAAAAUGGACUUCUCAGUUCCACAAAUGUGAAAAAUUAUUUAGCCCCAAGUUUGGCUUCAUUGGAGAAGUAAAUGCACAGGAGGAAAGCGCAGUCACUGAAAAAGGUUAUAAAUCAGUGACUUUUACUCAUUUCCCACUGAAAAGGGCCUUAGGAGUAUAGAAGAUGUGCUUUCUGCUUAUUCAACAUAAGGAUAGACAUUGGAGAAACACCCUGAGAAACCAUCAUCCAAAUGUUAAAUCUUAAAUCUGGACAUCCACACUAAAGAUUCCAUAUAGUUAUGUGGGACAUUCUCAGGAUUGCAUUGCAUAUUCUGACCCAUCCAAGGCCCUGGUUACAUCAAUGCCAGUACCUUUGGCUGAAGGCUCCUCACCUCUGCCACUUGAGAAAUAUGAAUCAUAUAACCCCAAUAUGCUCAGUGAGCACACACUUUGGUGGCCUUUUUCCUAUUCCCUGGAGGCAAAUCACAAGUUGUUUAAGCAUAAUUAUAAUUGAACCUGAACACUAUAUAUAAAUGACAGUUGGGGGUGACUAGCAAGCUCCAGGGGUUUACCCCACAUAAAGGUGCUUCCACAAAUAAUCUAGUCCAGUCAUCAAAGCUCUAAGAGAUGAGAGUAUGCAGAUAAACUCAGGACCAUUGGACUUAUAUAUUACCUAUGGCCAUGGUGACUGGCAGAGCAAAUAACCUAAAGGUUUUUCUGGAUUCCCAAAGCUUGCUUGGGCUAUUCACUUCAAGGCCACUGCUGCAUUGGCAGGAAAAUGGAGCCACAGAAGAAAUACUAUAGUCCAGAAAUAAAAGACUUGUGUCUCAUGUAGAAAUAUCCUUCAUUGAUAGUCUUCUUAAAGGAUGAAGAGAAUUAUAGUGGAGUCAAUAUGUUUGCCCAAUAUGGUUUUUUGAGGAGUAGAAAAUCCACAUUUUUAUAUAGAACCUUUUUUGACUGUAUAUUGAGAUAUAAUUGAUAUAAAUUAUAGACUUAAAAAAUAAGUGUCUUAACAUAUGUAGAAAUCCAUGAAACCACCACAAGUAUGAUAACGUAUCCCAUCACUUGCAAAGUUACCUUGUAUAAUCAUGCGGAAUCCCUCUUUUCUUCCCUGGCUCCUCAUCUCCAUGACCAGUGAUUUACUGUCAGUAUAAACUAGUUUGGCCUUUCUAGGAUUUUAUAUAAAUAACAUCAUAAAAUGUUUACUCCUUUUUUUCACUCAUCACUUGGAGAUUCAUCCAUGUUGCAUGUAUGAGUUUUUGUGUUCUCUAUUACUAUUUUUGGGGGUAUGGAUAUGUCAUAACAUGAUAUUCUGUUCAUCUGUUACUGGACCUUUGGAUUGGUUCCAGUAAAGGCUUAUAAAAAAGUUGUAAUUAGCAAUUUUGUACUAGUUAAUACCUAGAAGUACAAUGCCUGUUUUUCCCCCCCCCCGGUACCGGAGAUCGAACUCAGGACCUUGCGCUUGCCAGGCAGGCACGGUGCCACUGAUCUACAUCCCUGGCCCCAACGCCUGUAUUAAAUGGAGGUAAAUGUUUAUCAUUCUACAGACUGACCAACUUCCAAAGAGGUUGUACCGUGUUACAUUUUUAGUAGCAUUAUCUGAUUCCAAUUCUGUACCCUCAACAUUUGGUAUGUAUGUUAAUUUUUAAUUUUAUGGCUGAUGGUCAUGUAAAGAAUAUUCUUUAUAAAAUAUCAAUUUCUAGUUGUUUACCAAUGCAGAGAGGUAUAAUUACAUCUUAUAUAUUGAUUUCCUAUCCUGUAAACUAGUAUUUGUUUUUGUUGUUGCUUUGUUUUGUUUGCAAAUUCCAUGGGAUUUUCUCCACAGACCUUCAUGUUGUCUGUAAAGAAAAAGCUUUUAAAAAUAUUUUUAGUAGCAAAAAAAUUAUUGGUACAUUUUAGGCGUACGUAAUGAUAACACUCAGGGAAUUUGCACCUGUACAUGAUACAUCCCGCCUCUUUUUUCCCAUUCUGCCUCCCCUCAAACCCCCUCCCCUCCCUAUGUACA